UUCGUGAUUACGAUACGAUGGAUCUAAUCGCCAACUUUACCAAAACAUCAUGGACCAGUUUCAACGUUCAAGUUCUUCUUGUGCUCUCCCUUGUACUAAUCGCUUUUCUCCCUGGAAAAUUAUCGAAAACCCGGAAACACAAACUCCUUCGGCUUCCUCCGGGCCCGCCUACGUGUCCUAUCAUCGGAAACUUGGCCGGAAUGCUUAUGAACAGGCCGACUUUCAAAUGGAUACACCGUGUCAUGGACGAGUUACAGACGGAGAUAGCAUGUUUCCGCUUUGUCGGCGUCCACGUCAUCACUAUAACAUCGUGUGAGAUUGUCCGAGAAGCAUUCAAGGACAAAGACGAGAUUUUUGCCGACAGACCAGAAACCUACCCAUCAGAACUGGUAAGUGGCGGUUUCAAGUCAGUUGGUCUGUCUCCUUAUGGAGAUCAGUGGAAGAAGAUGAGAAGAGUGAUGGCUUCUGAAGUUAUGUCUCGGAACACAUUGAACAUGUUGCUUCAUGCAAGAGACGUCGAAGCCGAUAAUCUCUUAGCUCACGUUCACAACUUAUACGAACGGUCCAAUACGGUGAAUGUGAGGAACAUAGCGAGGACUCAUGCUUAUGCAGUGACUACGAGAAUGUUGUUUGGUCGGAGACCUUACAGGGGAGCGAGAGAUGGUGAUGAUGGAGGGCUAGGGCCGAGGGAGAGAGAGCACAUUGAGGCAAUAUUUGAGAUGAUGAAUUGUAUAUUCGGGUUUAAGGCAUCAGACUACAUUCCUUGUCUAAGGGGUUUGGGUUUGGAUGGGCAAGAGAAGAACGCAAGAGAGGCUUGUGAUAUCAUUGUUGAGUACAACGAUAAGAUUGUCGACCAGAGAAUGGCGUCACGGAAGGAGAAAGGCGGGAAGGAUGUUAUCGAAGAUUGGCUCGAUAUUCUCAUCACGCAGAAUGAUACCGAGGGGAAACCGUUAUUGACACCCGAAGAAAUCAAAGCUCAAUGCAGGGAAAUUUUUAUUGCGGCAAUGGAUAACCAGCCAAACAACGUGGAAUGGACGAUCGCGGAGAUGUUGAACGAACCGGAGAUGCUCGAAAAGGCGGUGGAAGAACUCGACAAAGUGGUCGGAAGAGACAGGCUUGUGCAAGAAAGCGACAUACCAAACCUCAACUACAUAAAAGCAUGCUCUAGAGAAUCUUUCAGACUUCACCCUGUCGCUCCAUUCGUUUUCCCUCAUGCGACUAUGGAGGACACCACCCUUGCAGGUUACUUCAUUCCCAAAGGUAGUCACGUUCUGGUGAGCCGUUUGGGAUUGGGCAGAAACCCCAAGAUAUGGGACGAGCCUCACGUCUUCAAGCCGGAGCGUCACCUCGGAUGCAACGAGACCUCGCAGGAAGUGAGCCUUCACGAGCGAGAGAUGAGGUUCGUGUCGUUUAGCACAGGACGUCGAGGCUGCGUAGCCGAUAGGCUUGGGACAUACAUGACCGUUAUGUUUCUGGCGAGGGUUCUUCCAGAUUUCAGUUGGAACGUCCUUCCACAUGGCGGUCGGGUCGCGCUUGUUGACUCGGAGACCAGCUUGUUCAUGUCCCAACCUCUGGUUGCGUCCGUUAAGCCCCGGCUAGCUCCACAUAUGUAUCCCACAUUUAAGAACUGAGCCAGACGCUCUGCCGUUCGGUUGCUUGUGUCCCAAGAAAUUAAUCAAAGUACCACCA